CACUCUUCCACCACGCAGACGACACCCCUCGCCGCCGCCGCCGCCGCCGCCCAAGCCACUCGUCGCCGUCGCUUCUCCCCGGGGCGCAGCCAUGGUGGCCCCAAAGAAGGCGAAGAAGUCCACGGACAACAUCAACAACAAGCUGCAGCUUGUGAUGAAGAGCGGCAAGUACACGCUCGGCUACAAGACCGUCCUCAGGACCCUCAGGAACUCCAAGGCGAAGCUAGUCAUCAUCUCUAACAACUGCCCUCCUCUUCGGAAGUCAGAAAUUGAGUACUAUGCUAUGUUGGCCAAGGUCACUGUUCACCACUUCCACGGAAAUAACGUUGAUCUGGGGACAGCCUGUGGUAAAUAUUUCCGGGUCUGCUGCCUCAGCAUUAUUGAUCCGGGUGACUCCGACAUCAUCAAGACCACGGGUGAGCAGUAAGGUGCGGUUGGAGUGGCAAUUCGGAUGCUGCUGUCGCACUGAGCUGUUCUAGACAUUGUAGUUGUUGCCGGACUUGCUUUGAUCUCGUGUAUCGAACAGCAUUUACCAGUCAACCAAAGUUUCGUGGGAACAUUGUUUUUGGUUUGGAAAAUUUUUGUUCCUGGCUCGAAUCAUGUUUUUAAUUGAACUGCUUGCUUGGCUGUGUGAUCAC